UUGGUUGAUGCACAAUGACGAUCAUCACCGAAGUAUUUUUUGUGUCAGUAAUAACCGUUUUAUUAAUAUUAUGGUUUCGUUUAAAAAACAAAAAUAAGGAAUUUUAUGACAAAAUUCCUGGUCCGCCUCCUAUUCCAUUUUUUGGAAAUAUUCUUGAAUUUACUUCGACAACAGUUGUGUUGGACGUUAUGAUGAAACAUAUGAAAACCUACGGAGGCGUUGUCAAGUUUCACGGAGGUCCCGUAGACAAAACCUUAUUAGUUUCUGAUUAUAAUUUUCUUGAAAAUGUCUUAAGUUCAACGAAAAUUUUAAACAAAACCGAAGACUACAAAUUCCUCCAUUCCUGGUUGGGCACUGGUUUAUUAACCAGUGAUGGCCCCAAAUGGAAAAAACAUCGAAGAAUGUUAACACCAGCGUUCCAUUUUUCAAUUUUGGAGCAAUUUAUCGAAGUGUUUGAAUCGGCCGGAAGCAAACUAGUCGAAAAAUUAGAAAAAGUUGUAGAAACAGCCAGUGUUGAUAUUUACCCAUUCGUGACACUUUGUACCCUUGAUAUUAUUUGUGAAACUGCAAUGGGUAUAAAAAUUAACGCCCAAGAUAAUGGCGAGUCGGAAUACGUCCAAAGUGUGAAACAAAUGUGUAAAAUCAUAAUUGAACGGUCAUUUUCUCUUAUGCAAUUGAAUAAUUUAACAUACCCGUUGACAAAAAACUUCUACACAGAGAAGAAUGCCUUGAAAAUUUUACACCAAAAAACCAACAGUGUCAUAAAUCAAAGACGAGAACAGUUAAAAAAUCAAUCGAAGAUAAUGAAGCAAGAAAAUGACUUAGGUACCAAAACCAAAAAGGCAUUUUUGGACUUACUUUUAGAAGCCACAGUGGAUGGUAGGCCACUUACUGAUGUAGAGAUACGUGAAGAAGUUGAUACAUUUAUGUUUGAGGGACAUGACACAACAGCUUCGGCAAUAAGUUUUGCAUUGUUCUGUUUAGCCACUCAUCCCGAAGUUCAAGCCAAAGCUUUACAAGAACAAAAAGAUUUAUUUGGUGGUACUAAAAACCCCACACCCACAUACACAGAUUUACAAAGCAUGAAAUAUUUGGAGCAAGUCAUUAAAGAAACUCUUAGAUUAUAUCCUUCAGUUCCAUUUUAUGGCAGAAAAACCAAUGAACCUGUGGAAUUCAACAAUGGAAUUAUUCCGAAAGAUGUCACAAUUACUGUGUUCACAUACGGGAUUCACCGAAAUCCUGAGUAUUUUAAGGAUCCUGAGAAAUUUGAUCCCAGCCGGUUCGAAACCAUCGAUGGUAAACAUCCAUAUUCUUUUAUACCAUUCAGUGCUGGACCCAGAAAUUGCAUUGGACAAAAAUUCGCAAUGUUAGAAAUGAAAAGUACUUUAUCAAAAAUUAUAAGAAAAUUCGAGUUGAGACCAUCUAUUCCAGAACAUAAGCUACAACUGACCGCUGAAACAGUGCUAAAGUCUGUAAACGGCAUCAAAAUAAGCUUAAAAUUGAGACAAUUUGCCCACAAAAUGGGGAUUUUAACAGAUGUUUUCCUCCCCUUCGGUGUAAUUUUUUUGAUAUUUUGGUACUGGUAUCGGGCACAAAAGAGCAAAAAAUAUUAUCAGAACAUUCCAACACCACCAACGGUUCCAAUCCUGGGAAAUGCUUUGGAUUUUACAACCACAACAGAAUUACUGGGGACUUUAAUGCGAUACAAAAAGGACUAUGGGGGCAUAGUAAAGGUGCACAUUGGCCCUCUGAGACAAUUUUUGCUCGUGUCUGACUACAAAAUGCUGGAAUUUCUAUUGAGUAGUUCCAAAAUACUGGAUAAAUCCGAAGACUACAAAUUUUUAUGUAGUUGGUUGGGGACAGGUCUCCUGUUGGCAGAUGGAGGUGAUUAUUUUUGAGAGAAUCAUCGAUAUUAUCAAUAUUUUUCAGGACCAAAAUGGAAAAAACAUCGCAAAAUCCUUACACCAGCAUUUCAUUUCCAAAUCUUGGAGCAGUUUGUGGAAGUUUUUGAUUCUUGCAGUAAUAUUUUAAUAGAAAAAUUGCACAAAAAAGUGGGCAAAAACAGUGUUGAUGUCUAUCCCUUAGUCACUUUAUUCACACUUGAUGUUAUUUGUGAGAGUAUCAUGGGAAUAAAAAUUAAUGCCCAAGACGAUGUGGAGUCUGAUUAUGUGCAAAGUGUGAAGCACAUGUGCAGAAUAAUAAUAGAAAGGUCAAUUUCACCGGUGCAAAUGUWUGAUUUUUUGUUCGUUUUCACAAGAAACUAUUUUAUACAAAGAAGGGCAGUUCGAAUUCUGCAUGAUAAAGCUAAUAGCGUGAUUUCGACCCGAUUGAAAGAAUUACAAACCCGGUCAAAAAAUGUCGAGGACAGCGAGGGAAUGAGGAAGAAAAAACCAUUUUUAGACCUGAUUUUAGAAGCUAAAAUUGAUGGGAAACCCCUCAACCAAGAUGACAUAAGACAAGAAGUUGAGACUUUUAUGUUUGCGGGUCAUGACACCACGGCUUCUGCUAUUAGUUUUACGUUAUAUUGUUUGGCUAAUUAUCCUGAGGUCCAGAAAACUGCAUWUGAAGAACAAGAGACAAUUUUUGGUGAUUCUGAAGUGAGUUAUGCCAAGCUUCAAAGCUUGAAAUAUUUGGAAAUGGUGAUAAAAGAAACAUUAKGGUUGUACCCUUCAGUUCCCAUAAUUGGUAGACAAUCUGGUGAAGAUUUUCAAUUUGAAAAUUCAUGGAUACGUAAAAGAGAAACAAUGUUACUUUUUCCAUAUGGUAUACAUCGGGACCCAAYAUAUUUCAAAGAUCCUGAAAUAUUUGAUCCUAGUAGAUUUGAAAACUCAGAUAAUAAAUUGCCCUAUGCUUAUAUACCUUUCAGUMCUGGCCCGAGGAACUGUAUUGGCCAAAAAUUUGCUAUGUUGGAAAUGAAGUGUGUCCUGUCAAAAAUAAUAAGACAAUUUGAGCUCCAACCAGCUGUUCCUCAACAUAAUUUAAUGUUAGCUGCUGAGACUGUUUUAAAGUCUGCAAAUGGUAUUAAGAUAGGUUUUAAACUAAGAAAGUGAUAAUUAUUCAUAUUGUUCCCUGUUUAUAAAUAAUUAAUUCAAAAUAAACUUUUAUAUAAUUUGCAGUAUUAAUAAAAUUGAAAAAACAACA